AAUCUAAAUCUCUUCACCCUUCACCACCCAACCAAUCAAGACCUGACUACUCUUGAAGUUUCUGAAACAACAGGGCAUUUUAAUGGCGGCCAUGAACUCGAGUGUUCUCACCUGCAGCUACGCUAUCUCUGGUGCUGGCUCAGCAGAACUGAACCAGAAAGUGGGUUUGGUGAAUUCAUCAGUUGGUUUUGGUCAAAAGAAACAAACGCUUCCUGUGAUCAAAGCAGCUCAAAGAGUCGGUGGUGAUGAUGUUAAUGGAAGAAGAUCCGCAAUGGUGUUCUUAGCUGCUACACUCUUCUCCUCUGCUGCUGUAUCUGCUUCCGCUAAUGCUAGCGUCUUCGAUGAAUACCUCGAGAAGAGCAAAGCCAACAAAGAGCUGAAUGAUAAGAAGAGAUUGGCAACAAGUGGAGCAAACUUUGCGAGAGCGUUUACUGUCCAGUUCGGAAGCUGCAAGUUCCCUGAGAAUUUCACUGGCUGCCAAGAUCUUGCCAAGCAAAAGAAAGUCCCAUUUAUCUCAGAAGAUCUGGCGUUGGAAUGCGAAGGCAAAGACAAGUUCAAGUGUGGUUCCAAUGUUUUCUGGAAAUGGUGAUUGAUUAUCUUUUUGUUUGUCUUUUUAGUCCAUUCUUGUGUAAACUCAACAAUGUAUCUAUCCAUCUCUCUGUUCAUCAAAGUUUCAUAUCCAUUUGAAUUUAAAAGAAAUAUUAUUGCACACAUAAAUAAAAGAAACAUUAUUAUUA